AUGGAGAAAGCAUCUCAUUUAUCUGUGAUAGUAGAUUUAUCUCCAACGCAAUGGCACCUCUCUGCACAAACUUCAAACCAGUAUCCACUUUCCAUUGAAACAUUUCUCUCGCAGCUCCUUGCAUUUCUGAACGCGCAUAUCGCGUCCAAGCAUGAGAACUCACUUGUAGUCUUUGGCGCGCUUCCUGGGAAGAGUGUGUUGCUCUAUUCAUCCACGGAGCUGCUCUCGGAUGACGUGCCCUCUUUGGAUGCUAACUCGUAUCUACCUUUCAAGCUUGUGGACUCGACAGUUGUACAGAGGAUCAUGAAUGAGUUCGAUGCUAUCGGAGAGCUUGAGGAGGAACCUCCAUGUGCAUUGGUAGGCGCUGUGACGAAGGCACUGUGUUACAUUAACCGCAUCAUACAUCCUUCUUCAACGACAGCCGGUGUCGCAGAGGACCCGUCGAUCGUCCACGACCCUCGUAUUUUAAUCCUUUCAGUCUCCCCUGACUUGUCUUCUUCGUACAUCCCGAUUAUGAACGCUAUCUUUUCCGCACAAAAACUGAAAGUGACAAUUGACGUGUGCAAGGUUUAUGGGCCCGAUACCGUAUUUUUGCAGCAAGCAGCCCACCUAACGAAUGGGACCUACAUCUACCUCGAACGCAGAGAUGCGCUCCUACAAUACUUGAUUAUGUCUUUCCUGUCACCGACAUCCAUCCGCGAGAUUUUGUCUGUACCAAAGCAAGACAAGAUUGAUUUCCGCGCUGCGUGCUUCUGCCACAAAAACAUCGUAGACAUCGGUUUUGUCUGCUCCGUCUGUUUAUCUAUUUUCUGUCAACCACUCCCGGUUUGCUCCACAUGCAGGUCAGAUACUCUUGUUCCCUAG